ACAAUGUUCCUUAAGAAGAUCAAACCCCUGAUUCUGCGGAACUCCUGGCAUUGUCUUAGGCACAGCAGCGCUCCGUAACCCACGACACGGAGGAAGAGACUGAAAACGGGUCUUUAUUUCCGGGGGCUCCGUAGGUAUCCGGGAGUCGAAGAAGCGAGUGUCACGGGAAGGCCACGGAUGGGAGUGAACCAGGAGCAGAAACCGCGACUACCACCGCCUCCAGUCUGGGCCCCGCCGGCGUCCGGAGGUUGUCACCGAGUCGCGGCUAGGGGCGGAGCAGGGGGGGGGUUUGAACGCCGCGCCCCCGUCACGUGAUGGGGCCAUCAUGGCGGCGGCCAGAGGCCUCCCCGGCUCCCGGAAGCAGGCUGUGAGGGGCGGGCGCGCUGGUGGAACCCGAGCCGGAGCCAGAGCUGGAGGUAGAGCGGGAAGGGCGGCCGGGCGGCCUGGAGCCGGACGUGUCCGGAGCGUCCCCGCAGACCGGGGCAGCAGGUCGUCCGGGGGCCGGCCAUGCUGGUGACUGCUUACCUUGCUUUUGUGGUCCUCCUGGCCUCCUGCCUGGGGUUGGAGCUGUCAAGAUGCCGGGCUAAGCCCUCUGGAAGGGCCUGCAGCAAUCCCUCUUUCCUUCGGUUUCAACUGGACUUCUAUCAGGUCUACUUCCUGGCCCUGGCAGCUGACUGGCUCCAGGCCCCCUACCUCUACAAACUCUAUCAGCAUUACCACUUCCUGGAGGCACAGAUUGCCAUCCUCUAUGUCUGCGGCCUUGCCUCCACCGUCCUCUUUGGACUGGUGGCUUCCUCCCUGGUGGAUUGGCUGGGUCGCAAGAAAUCUUGUGUCCUCUUCUCCCUCACUUACUCUCUCUGCUGCUUAACCAAACUCUCUCGGGACUACUUUGUGCUGCUGGUGGGCCGAGCACUAGGUGGGUUGUCUACAGCCCUGCUCUUCUCAGCCUUUGAGGCCUGGUAUAUCCAUGAGCACCUGGAACGGCAUGACUUCCCCGCUGAGUGGAUCCCGGCUACCUUUGCCCGAGCUGCCUUCUGGAACCAUGUGCUGGCUGUAGCGGCAGGUGUGGCAGCUGAGGCUGUGGCCUGCUGGAUGGGCCUGGGGCCUGUAGCCCCCUUUGUGGCCGCCAUCCCUCUCUUGGCUCUGGCUGGGGCCUUGGCCCUUCAUAACUGGGGAGAGAACUAUGAUCGGCAGCGUGCCUUCUCUAGGACCUGUGCUGGGGGCCUGCGCUGCCUCCUGUCGGACCGUCGUGUGCUGCUGCUAGGCACCAUCCAGGCCCUGUUUGAGAGUGUCAUCUUCAUCUUUGUCUUCCUCUGGACACCUGUGCUGGACCCACAUGGGGCUCCGCUGGGCAUCAUCUUCUCCAGCUUCAUGGCAGCCAGCCUGCUCGGCUCUUCCCUGUACCGUAUCGCUACCUCCAAGAGGUACCACCUUCAGCCCAUGCAUCUACUCUCCCUCGCUGUCCUCAUCGUUGUCUUCUCCCUCUUCAUGUUGACUUUCUCUACCAGCCCAGGCCAGGAGAGUCCAGUGGAAUCUUUCAUAGCCUUCCUCCUUAUCGAAUUGGCCUGUGGACUGUACUUCCCCAGCAUGAGCUUCCUGCGGAGAAAGGUGAUCCCUGAGACUGAGCAAGCUGGUGUCCUCAACUGGUUCCGGGUGCCCCUGCAUUUACUGGCCUGCCUGGGGCUCCUGGUCCUCCAUGACAGCGAUCGCAAAACUGGCACUCGGAAUAUGUUCAGCAUCUGCUCCGCCGUCAUGGUGAUGGCUCUGCUGGCGGUGGUGGGACUCUUCACCGUGGUCAGGCAUGAUGCUGAGCUGCGGGUGCCCUCACCCACUGGGGAGCCCUACACUCCUGAGCUCUGACCCUGUUCCAGGACCAGGGAGCUGGGAUGGACCCUUGAACUCCACCUCUCCAGGACUGAACAGAUCUGUCUGUGACCUUGUGGCUCUCUGGCCCCUCAGCCUGUCCGGGGACUCCUCGUGCCAGUGCUUUGGGUUGGGAAGCACAUGGGGUGAUGGCCUGGAGAGAAGAUGCCAAAAGUUGCCUCUGUGUCACUCCCUUCCCCCUUUCCACUUUAAAAUAAACAACUUUAAUUGAU